UAUCAACGCCCCGCCAGGAAAAUGAAUCAUUUCCAUCUGAAUUGCCUGAUUCUGAAGAUCACCUGACAAGAGACCAGGUAACAACCCAGGUCCUGGCUCUUAGUCCUUGCCGAAACCUGCAGGACCAGGAGGGAACUUAAUCUGAGAGUCCGGACAGAUCUCCAAGCAGGCUUCGCCUCUCUCCACUCCAAGAUUACUGCUCCAGGCUCCUGUGGACACUGAGGCAGCCAUGAACAGAAUCUUUCCUCAGCCAAGGACCUUGGAUGGAAAUCCAGCCAGGGAAAGCAAGACCUUGGAAAGUGAAGAAGACUGCUGCGGCCCCUUCUCCUGCUGCACCCGCCGAGGUUUCUGGAUCUCCGCCUGGACCUUGCUCCUCCUCACGUUGCUGACUUUCAUCAUCUGGCUGGUCAGCAGCUUCGGACUCCCGCCGCCAUCUCAAAUGACCAGGGCCUGUGCAACCACGUCCAACCAGACAGGCUUCCUGUGUGAUGACCGGGACACUUGCAUUCCCGCCAGCCUCGUGUGUGACCACGUCCGUUCCUGCACACACGGAGAGGACGAAGAAGAAGCCUUGUGCGGCAAUGUCCCCCACAGCCUCCCCAGUUUUUUGGUGUUCCACUGCAGCGACCCCACGUCCUGGGUCUUCGAGGAUCGGAAAUGUGACGGCUUCAAUGACUGUGGAGACUGCUCUGAUGAAGGCACCUGUGAGUCCUCCCCCGCGCCCCCAGGUUUGGGCUGGCGUGAGCCGCCCCGCUGCCCAGAAUCUGCCCAGAAUCUGCCCCCAGAGAAAGCUCAAGCGCCUUUCCCGGGAGGCGUCCCCAGCUCCCCACAAUCUGCCACCAGCCGGGCUACGCCUGUCCCGUCAUUCACUGUCUGAGGUAUUCCGGCUGUAUCCUGUGCCUAGAAUGCCCUCGCUCCCCCCUUGUCACCUGACAACUCCCAUCCAUCCUCUGAAGCCUUCCUCCACCUCCCACGCCCAGGAAAGCCGGGCAAUUUCUCUGGAGCGUGAGAAGCAGCCCCUGCGGCCCACUUGCUGGCAGAGUUAAAAAUUCCUAGAGAAUCUGAUAAACUCGUGUUCCCACAAUAAGCGGGUUGGGCUUUUAGUUAUGAUUAUUACCCAUUGGGGGAUUAUCCUAGUUACUCUUACCCUUGGAACUCUUGGUUUGGAUAAGAAACAGUGGCUUGUUCCCAGGAAGCGAAAUAAGGAGAUCCAAGCUGCAGAGAUGGGAAGAUGCCUCAGAACACACA